AUGGGUCUUCUCAAGGCUUUGACACUGGCAGCAGCAGGUCUAGCAGUUGUGCAUGCCAAGCCACUUCGCGAACGCCAACUCGCCUUCAACUAUAACGAUGACAAAGUCCGAGGAGUCAACCUAGGGGGCUGGCUCGUCCUUGAGCCCUGGAUUACCCCAUCGCUAUUCGAACCAUGGGCCAACGGUGGAGGAGUUGUCGAUGAAUACACCUUCACACAAGUACUGGGACAAUCCGCCGCUCAGAACCGGCUAGAACAGCACUGGGCAACAUUCAUAACUGAAGCAGAUCUUAAGGAGAUUGCUUCGGUAGGGUUGAAUCACGUUCGGAUUCCCGUUGGGUAUUGGGCCCUCAAUCCAGUGGCGGGCGAUCCAUAUGUGCAAGGUCAACUUCCAUAUCUCGACCUCGCCAUCAAGUGGGCAAGAGGUGCGGGCCUGAAGGUCAUGCUUGACUUACACGGCGCACCCGGGUCCCAAAACGGUUUCGACAACAGCGGCCGCUUCGGAUCAAUCGCCUGGCAGUCGGGCGACAAUGUCCCAAAUACCCUGGCCGCAAUUCAAACCCUUGCCAACCGCUACAAGGACGACACCGACGUGGUAACUUCAAUUGAAUUGCUGAACGAGCCGGCAAAUUGGGGCAAUGAUAUGAACCUUAUGAAGAAGUUCUACUACGACGGCUGGGGCAACGUGCGCACCACCAGCAGUGAAACCGCCGUCGUGAUCCACGAUGCCUUUCUCGACGUCCAGUCCUACUGGAAUGGCUUCAUGGGUGCCGGCAGCGGCGUCAACAACGUUAUCCUCGACACCCACAUCUACCAGAUCUUCUCCGAUGGCGAAGUCGGCAUGAACCCCUGCGAGCACGUCCAAAAGGCCUGCUCUGCUGGGCCCAAGGUUGCGGGAACCGACAAAUGGCUUGUAGUCGGCGAAUGGACGGGCGCGCAAACGGACUGCGCGAGAUGGUUGAAUGGAUUAGGAAAAGGCGCUCGAUACGACAAGACGUUCCCAGGCGCCAAGAACUACCACGGCAACUGCCAGGGCAAAUUCCAAGGCACGGUCGAUGGCAUGCUGGAGGUCGACAAAGUAAACCUGGAGUACUAUCUGGAGGCUCAGCUCGAUGCAUACGAGAGACACUCUGGAUGGGUGUUCUGGACAUGGAAGACGGAGACUGCGCCGGAAUGGCACUUCCAGAACCUGACCCGCGCGGGAUUAAUUCCGCAGCCGCUGACCUCCAGGAAGCAUCCCGGACAGUGCGAUACAUCCACCUGUAUGAUCCCCGGGAACCAAUAA